AUGGAGUCGAUGCCCGGACAGCUUCGAGACGCUGGACGAGACGCCAGCUCUUCCCCGGGUUUAAAGCAGGACGCACAGAGUUUCUCCAGCCCCAGCUCCCUCAAACCAAACCAAGUGAGUGAGACCUCCCUGUACGGGGUACCCAUCGUGUCUCUGGUCAUAGACGGUAAGGAGAGACUCUGCCUGGCGCAGAUUUCUAACACCCUGCUGAAAAACUACAGCUACAACGAGAUACACAACCGCCGGGUCGCUUUGGGCAUCACCUGUGUGCAGUGCACCCCCGUCCAGCUGGAGCUCCUGCGGCGAGCCGGGGCCAUGCCAAUCUCCUCCAGGCGCUGCGGCAUGAUCACCAAACGGGAGGCCGAGAGGCUCUGCAAGUCCUUCCUGGGAGCGCAUAGCCCCCCAAAGCUACCAGAAAAUUUCGCAUUUGAUGUGUCUCAUGAAUGCGCCUGGGGCUGCAGAGGCAGCUUCAUACCCGCCAGAUACAACAGCUCCAGAGCAAAGUGCAUCAAAUGCAGCUUUUGCAACAUGUAUUUCUCCCCAAAUAAAUUCAUUUUCCACUCGCAUCGCACCCCAGAGUCCAAGUAUCUGCAGCCGGACGCGGCCAACUUUAAUUCGUGGAGACGCCACCUGAAACUGACAGAAAAAAAACCAUCUGAUGACAUUAACCACGCGUGGGAGGAUGUUAAGGCCAUGUUCAACGGGGGGAGCAGAAAGAGGACUCUGCCCAUGAGCGGGUCGGGAAUGUCUUCACCGAUGAAAUCACAGGCCUCGUCCAGCCUUGCCCAAACCAGUUCCCCUGAGAUCCCUCACAAAACUUUACGGUGCGACGAGGAUCAGGGGAAUAAUAACUUGAGUUUGGCGGGCGGUGCACGGAGCUAUCCAGUCAUCCCAGUGCCCAGCAAGAGCUUUGGCAUGCUUCAGAAAAUCCCCCCACCUCUGUUCCCCCACCACCCCUAUGGCUUCCCCAGCUAUGGGCUGUGUCAGAAAAAGAGUGACGGUGUGCCUGAUGCGAACAAAACCAAUGUGUCUGGUGUGUUUUGGCCUGGCGCAAAGGACACACUCUACCCUACUUUCCCCAUGUUUUGGCCUACACCCGGCGGCCUCCCCUUGCCGCCCUACCCGGGGUCUGCACCAAAACCUCCUCCUGAGCUGCCAGGCAUCCGGCAGGGCGAGCUCGACUUAUCGGACCAAAGCGACCGGGGCGCAAACACACCCAAAGACACCCUCCACCCUCACCAGCAGCUGGACGGCGGAGAGCGCUGUCCCAGCUCCCAGUCCUCCUCCACCAGGAACGACGAGGACAAAUCCGGGGACGAGACCUCCCAGAGGAAAAUCAGCUACAUUUCGGCCUUCAGACCCGUGGUCAAAGACGCAGAGACCAUCGCCAAACUCUACGGUAACCGGGACAGCUACGGCGUGCGCCCUGGCUACCUGUCCCCGGAUUUUAUCAGCGAGAGCUCUAGUUACAGAUCGAUAUCACCGGACAGAGACAGCGUGGUGGACGACGACGACGACCCAGACGUGGAUGUGGAAUCCAACCGGGGUCAAGACGAUGAGGACACGAUCCAGAUCUCACCGGGAGGAGACCACCAUGACUCUCACGUGCCGGACCGAGUCCCCGUGUCUGCUGAGGAGAGCCAGGAGCAUCCUGAUCCCUCCAGCCCCGGAGCAGCAGCAGCAUCACCGGAGGACUCCGCGCACACUGGGUCAUCAGAUGAGGACAGACAGAUGCGUAAUGGCUCUCCUCUUCAUGAAGUGUACGCGCAUGAAAAGGAGAAGGAGCCCUCGUCGUUUGGGUCCAAACAAUCGAGCAGCCCCCGCAGAUCCAACGGUGCUCAUCACGUGUCUGAUGUACAGAACCCGCGCUCUGCAGCUUCCUGUCAGGAGCAGAGGGACAGACAAGCCGAUGGAGCUUUGCGCAUCGACAUCAGCGUGCAUGAAAGAGACCUGGAGAACAUGGCUAAAGAGGAAUUGCAGAAGCAGCUUGUGGAGCAAGUGGAGCUGAGGAAAAAGUUGGAGAGAGAAUUUCAGCAUUUAAAAGAUAAUUUUCAGGAUCAAAUGAAGCGUGAGCUGUCCUACAGAGAGGAAAUGGUCCAGCAGCUGCAGAUUGUUCGAGACACUUUGUGCAGCGAGUUGGACCAAGAGAGAAAGGCUCGUUAUGCAAUACAGCAGAAGCUAAAAGAAGCUCAUGACGCCCUUCACCAUUUCUCCUGCAAGAUGCUCUCCCCUCGUCAGUGCACCGGAGCCUGCACCUUCAAACCCCCGCUGCUGCCUCCCUAG